AUGCUUGCGAUGGCUGAUGAUACCAAGUUCCUCCUUUCAGUUUUACUCUUGAGCUGCUCAUCGUUGUGUUUUGGUUCUGAAGCUGAUAUCCAGUGCCUGAAGUCUGUACAACAAUCAGUGAUUGAUCCCAACGGCGUACUCAAAUCCUCGUGGUACUUUGAAAAUCCCUAUCCCAAUUAUGCUUAUAUAUGCCGCUUUACUGGUGUGGAAUGCUGGUACCCUGGCGAGAACAGGGUUCUCAGUUUACGUCUUGGCAACCUAGGACUUGAAGGCCCAUUUCCUCAAGGUCUACAGAAUUGUUCAAGCGUGACCGGCCUGGACCUGUCAAACAACAAUUUUUCAGGACCAAUCCCUCAGGACAUUUCACGGCAGGUGCCGUACCUGACAUCUCUGGACCUUUCGUACAAUAGUUUUUUAGGUUCGAUCCCACAGAAUAUCUCAAACAUGACAUAUCUGAAUGUCCUGUUCCUCCAGCAUAACCAACUCAGCGGUCAAAUUCCACCGCAAUUCGAUUUGCUUGCUCGGUUAACCGCAUUCAAUGUUGCGGAGAACUUGUUAUCAGGGCCUAUUCCUUCUUUGCUAGCAGUAAGGUUUUCGGCUUCGAGCUUUGCUGGUAACCAAGGGCUUUGUGGUGCACCGUUGGAUGAUUGUCCCCCCUCGAGGAGGAGAUGGAGACCGGUACGAAUCAGUCUGCACAGGCUCAACGACCAAUCGAGCAUCGGAGCGGCCGUUGGAUUCGUCGUGGGGUUCGUGGUGGCCUUCUACUUCCCGCACUGCUUCGUCUGCUCCGAGAGGCUCCGAGCCUACGUCGUCCGAAUAUGA